AGUCCCUACUGUGUGUGUGUGUGUGUGUGUGUGUGUGUGUGUGUGUGUUAACGUGGCAUGAUGUCGUCACACAGGGCGAGGACACCUCGCAGCACCGUAGCAGUCGGACUCGUUAAGCGAGUGCAGGAAUGUGGAGCGUCUCAGCUGCUCUGUUCUGUAACCCACACUGAGUUCUCUACAUGCUGGAGCUAUGGACUGCACUGCGUACAUCGGACGCUGCUUCGGCUUCUUCCUCCUGGCCCUUGUCCUGGACGUGGUCGGCCUCGUCCUGUUCCUGCUAGGCAUCCUCGCACCGCUCAGCUUCUGGGACUUCUUUGUGCUCUCUGGGCCCAUCAUCAUCUUCAUCAGCCUCAUGUUCUGGAUCUUUUGGUACUUGGGGAACCUCAACGUGCCGUACCAGCAGCUCUGGCCUGAAGGAGUGGACGAGGUGAAGAUAGGAAAGAAGAACGAAGGAUUAGGACGUAGCCGAGGGAUUAAGGGACUGUCAGAGAUUACGAGCAAAAGGGAGAAAUCAAGCACUUUAUACUUUAGUGGCCCUAUGAAGUCAUCACGGUUUACACAGAGGUGUCUGCCUUCAUCAUGACGUGUCUGAACUCUACGCAGCUCACACGCAGCUCACACGCAGCUCAUAUGCAGCUCACACACAGCUCACACACAGCUCUGUGCUCAACUCCCCAGGACUCAGUUUACAAUCUGCGCACUUUUUUGAAGGACGUUUGUUCUGAAAUCGCAACGCAGUCGAAUCGGCGAUGCAGCUGUUACUGAUCUGUAUUUAAACAUGAGAAAUAAAUGUGAUUUUGAUGGCUGAAGGUGAGUGGAAGUGGAAGACUGGUGUGCUGAGAAGUCACUGUAAUGACGCUCGGAUUCCACGCCGAAGCUGUCGGACUUGAAGAGCCAGUGUGUGUGUGUUAGGAAGCCUCUGAUACUAAACACACCACAGCACAUACACACGCAGAUCUUCACCAAACAAAACAGAAACCAGAAAUACAAAUUUAUUUGGUGUGAUGAUGAUGAUGAUGAUGAUGAUGAUGGUCAUGAUGAUGUCACUGCUGUAAAAUGAGAUCUUCAUUCUUCAGACAUUCUUAUUGCACUCUUACACAUACACACACACCCAGACACAGGGGCAUAGAUUACGCGGGGGACGCGGGGGACAUGUCCCCCGCACUUUUUAUAAAAAGUAAAUUCGUCCCCCUCACUUUUUUAGUGGAGAGUUGUGUUCACCACAUGUUGAGGUUUUAAUGGAGCAAUGUAUAGAAAUGCAGAGUGAUUUAAAAUUCAAAGAUACAAGAAAGUUAAAGAUAGUCUAUACAUGACGUUCACGGCAAUCAGUCACUCACUUGUCACGUCAUCAUCACGCGCCCCCAGUACUGUAGCUCGAGUCGCACCCGCGGUCCAGCGUUCGGUUACGAUGAGCUCAAAGUGGCAAAAAACGCUUCACUCCUUUUUUAUAAAAAUGUCAAGCAGCGUAAGUUGGCAUAUGGUAUCUGAAUUGUGUUGCACAAUGUUUAGUAACUCUGCCUGUUGCUCUUGUUGAAUAAUUAGCAAGUUUUAAUUUAAAGGAUUAUAAGGAAAAAUAGCUGACAAACGUUAUAUAAACUCUUUUAUAACGGCUUUUGUUUUAACAAGUGUGUUAUCAAAACCCUUCAAAUAAGAAUAAAGAUAAUGUUGAACUGA